GCUGCCCGCUCUUCCCCUAUGGUGUGCCGUGGGUGUCUUCUGCCACCAUUCCCUUUGUCUCUACAACAUUAGGGUUCUCCAAUAGAGGAAGUGAUGGAAGAAGUGGGUUCUGGGAUCUCAAGGCCUGGGUUCACAUCCCAGUUCUUGCUUCUACCUAGACACAGGAUCCUGGGUGAAUGCCUUACCUCUCUGAGCACUGGGUGUUUUUGUUAGGUAGUGGUUGUUUUUAAAUUAAAUCUGUAAAAUGAAAAUGAUAAUCUGCCUCCUUCAUGGGCAUGUUGUUAGGACUAAGUAAAUGAUAAAUGGAAAACAUUCAGCACACUGCCUGGCUCAUAGUAAAGCACUCAGUAAAAGUUGACCUUUACAACUAACUAUUUUUAUUGUGUUUAUUUUUAAUAUGAUUGGUAUUCCUCCUAAGAUUUGGGAAGGGAGGGCGACGCCUGUGGCUCAGUUGGUGAGGCACCAGCCCCAUGUACCGAGGGUGGCGGGUUCAAACCUGGCCCGGCUGAACUGCAACCAAAAAAUAGCUGGGCGUUGUGGCGGGCGCCUGUAGUCCCAGCUACUUGGGAGGCUGAGGCAGGAGAAUCGCUUAAGCCCAGGAGUUGGAGGUUGCUGUGAGCUGUGUGAUGCCAUGGCACUCUACCGAGGGCCAUAAAGUGAGACUCUUGUCUCUACAAAAAAAAAAAAAAAAGAUUUGGAAAGGGAGCUCCACAGUUCUUCAAAAACAAAAACUGUGGGGAAUUGGGAGGAGCCUAGGAUUUAUGGGUCAGUUAGGAUACUGGUUCGAAUGCUGUAAAGAUUAUCACUGGUGGCUCAGCGCCUGUAGCACUGUGGUUAAGGCACCAGUCACAUGUACCAAGGGUGGUAGGUUCAAACCCGGCCCGGGCCAGCUGAACAAUGACAACUAUGACCAAAAAUAUGGCCAGGCGUUUGUGGCGGGCACCUGUAGUCCCAGCUGCGUGGGAGGCUGAGGCAAGAGAAUCGCUUGAUCCCAAGAGUUUGAGGUUGCUGUGAGCUGUGAUGCCACAGCACUCUACCGAGGGUGACAUAGUGAGACUCGGUCUCAAAAAAAAAAAAUUAUCAGUAGCUCAACCGAGUAGAAGGUACUUACUCUCCCGGAUGCGUGGCAUAUUCUGCCUUGUCCCCUAGAGAGCAAUGAUUGCUUUUUGCAUUUCUAGUGCAUCUAUGCCAAAUAAAUUAUUUUAGAGGUUUAUAAAGAAGGCUAAACUUGAGGCCACAGCGUCUUCAGAGUUCCAGGCCCCUUCAGUCUCAGGUUCCGCCAUGCUGGGGGGUGGUUCUUGGAUCCAGGAUGGUGACAACCACUCGACAGUCCAGCCAAAGGGAAGAAGAGGCAUCCGUGUUCCAGGCCAUUUCGUUACAAAGGAGAAUCUGGAAAAUGGCCGUGAGUCGGCCUUGUGUCCAGUUAGAAAUAAUCAUCAGGGUGCGCCCCUCCAUGCUUUUCUUCCGGCAACCAAAAUUGUGUCACGGCUUGUUUUCCAAGUCCCGCCCUCUCAGCAACCCGGGGCCACUGGACGGGACCCGGUAGUUUGCCGAAGAAUGGGUAGCGUGCCCACGUGACGUGGCCUUCAGAAGACCGGAAGUGGUCAUAUUUCGUAGGCCGUAAAGCGCGGCUGCCUAUGUUCAGUUUCCGGUUAGCGACAACGGCAUCAGACCGUACGCGCCGGCUUCGGUGUAGGGGACGCUGCCCAACUGUGCCGAUUCCGUUUCGUUCCCUUUCCGGGCCUUUCUCUGCCGUCGUCCUUUCACCUUGGAUCAUGUUCAAGAAAUUUGAUGAAAAGGAAAAUGUGUCCAACUGCAUCCAGUUGAAAACUUCAGUUAUUAAGGGUAUUAAGAACCAACUGAUAGAGCAGUUUCCAGGUAUUGAACCAUGGCUUAAUCAAAUCAUGCCUAAGAAAGAUCCUGUCAAAAUAGUCCGAUGCCAUGAACAUACAGAAAUUCUUACAGUAAAUGGAGAAUUACUAUUUUUUAGACAAAGGAAGGGGCCUUUUUAUCCAACUCUAAGGCUACUUCACAAGUAUCCUUUUAUCCUGCCACACCAGCAGGUUGAUAAAGGAGCCAUCAAAUUUGUGCUCAGUGGAGCAAAUAUCAUGUGUCCGGGUUUAACUUCUCCUGGAGCUAAGCUUUACCCUGUUGCGGUAGAUACGAUUGUUGCGGUCAUGGCAGAAGGUAAACAGCAUGCUCUGUGUGUUGGCGUCAUGAAGAUGUCUGCAGAAGAUAUUGAGAAAGUCAACAAAGGAAUUGGCAUUGAAAACAUCCAUUAUUUAAAUGAUGGGCUAUGGCACAUGAAGACCUUUAAAUGAGUCUCAGAAGGAAUACAGUUGGGGGGCUGAAUAUGGAUAUUGUACUUUAUGUGUUUGUGUAUGUAUGUGACAGCAUGAAGACAAUGCCUCUGUGGUUAUGCUAAAUAAAUUUAACAGUUUUAAGGAAAAAAAAUCAGGGUUCUGUUACCACAGAGGAGAUAACAGAAACUGCGGGACAAGCAGCAAGCAACCUGUUACACUGGAAUCUGAAAAGAAGAGCUGCACUCUGACUCUGGGCAAGCUGCACCUCUUCUCUGGACUUCCUUAUUUGGAAAUGAAAAAUAAUGAGUCUAAGGAUGUCUACAAGAGGGCCCCCCACAAGAUCAACCUCAGGGACUCCUUCCUGCCUUUUUUCCAAGCCUCCAUUUCUUAACCACCUUCUUAUUCUGCUCGUGAACUAAGAGCUGCCAGCAAACUUCUUGAUUCCUUUGGUGGCAAAGUAGAAGGGUUCCAAAAUGAACUAGGACCUUGCUAACUACCUGGGUUCAAUGGUAGCUGGCAUUUAUUGAGCACCCACUGUGUGCCAGACACUGUGCUGAGUGCAUUGUAAGAACUGUCUUACUUAACUCCCCACAGCAGCUCCAUGAGAGAGGUACUAUUAUCCUCUUUUCACAGAUUAAAAAACAAGCUCAGAGAGGGAACUGCUUUCCCGAAGGUUUCCCAAACCCAGCUACAAGCGACAAAGCUUGUGCUUCUUUCACUAAGGACCACCUCCCAGUGACCCUGCACCAGGCUUGUAUUCUCUCUGGGCCUCAGCUCCUUUCUCUAGGAAAUUGGAGGAAUUGGAGGUGACUCCAGUGAGGCCCCACCCUCCUGAAACUCCCCCCCAGUCUGAAGCAGAUGAGGCUUAGCCCCCCAGCCAGCGGGCUUCUGACAUUGCCCACAGUCAUGCUGUCCUCCGUCCAGGGGCUGACAGGUGGGAGGGGCAGCCCUGCCUUGGGGAGUGGACUUACCUGGCCUCU